AUGGUUCGCAAAUCAACUCCCGCAAUGGGAGAGUCCCGUACGACGCGGAGCGCAACGGCACGUUCCAACGGUACUGCAUCACAGAUCCCGGUGUCAGCGAAUACACGCAGCCAAAAAGCAGCGAGUCCUGCUAUGACACGAAGCGCGACGGCGCGUGCCAAUGAUACCGCAUCGAGAAUUCCAGUGCCAGCGAACACACGCAACCAAAAAGCAGUGAGCUCUGCUAUGACACGAAGUGCGACGUCGCGUGCCAAUAGUACCACGUCGAAGAUCCCAGUGCCGGCGAACACAUACACACAAUCAGUGAACGGUUCUCAUCGUCGCUACUCUGACAGCUCAUCGGAGUUGAGCAGUCCACCACCGUCAUCGCAGUCCCCGUCGGAGGGUGAAUCAGCACAGUCUUUGCUCAAGGCACCAAGGAAGGUGACCAACAAGAAGACGCAGGCUAUUCCCAAUGCACGCAAGUCGCAGUCCAAGGUGGUCGCUAAGCCUCACAAGUCGCCGCUUCUUCUCGAAGAAGAGCAGGACGAGUUGGAGGAAUCCAGGCACAAGAAGAAGAUAGCAGCGAAUGUCGCAAAGACCAAGAGAUACGCCGAUCAGAAGAUCCAGCGAGAGACCGAGAAGCAAAGGAAGUUCCGCGAGCUCGAGGCGCUAGUUCAGCAAGACCGUCUGGCACCCGCUCCGUGGACGUUGCAGCUGCCUGCGCUUCCUCCGCGCCCAAACCUCACGAAUCGCAUUCUUCCUUUGAAGAUGCUUAAUAACGACGACACAUUUCCAUUGACUGCCGCAUCGCGGGAGGGUGUCGUCGCACUUAUCCUUGACGCAAUGAGGGAUGUCCGCCAGGCUGAGGACACUGUCAGCUCAACGACGGACUUCCGUUACAUGUGGCUGAAGCCGAGCCUUGAGGGUACGUUCUCAUACAACGAAGUGGACAUGGAGCGAGUGUGUCGAAAAAUCGUUUCCAUUGCCGAAGGUCUCCACAUCCAUGGGCUGGGUGCUACUGAGAUUUACUGUCCUCGGACGAUCCAGAAGGCACAGGACGCGAAAGCGAUAUCCUUCAAGGAGCGAGUCGACAAGUUAGCCCUUCUCAUGCGCAAGUCCAAGGCGCGCUGUAACGCGUUCAUGAUGAACAACACCAUGGAAGAUACGAUCGCGUUGAUUGACCUCAAGUUGUCAGAUCAGCGUUCAAAUGCUGCCAACAACAACGCUCGGUCCCUCAAACUUAACACCUCCAACAACCUCUUGGGUAUGCAGAAGGGAGCCAUAUGGCCGAAAGAUGAGAACGGUGUGCCCAUGAUUCCGACAUGGGACAACCAGACACAUCAGUAUGGUACUCCCGCGAGUAUGGACACUGGAGUCUUAGGCGAGGACCGAGCUGGUGAUGAUCGUCCGCAGCAUAUCAACGAUCUCCAGAUCCCGACACUUAACGACCCGACACUGCAGUAUGGUACUCCUGCAAGCAUGGGUGCCGGAGUAUCGAACGAUAGGCAGGCUAAUGGUGAUCCUCCGCAACAUGCCGACGAUCUCCAGGCCCAGUCACAACUCCUUCCUUGGCUCUCAGAGUAUGAGAAGUAUGCUCCUUCUGGACAGUGGCUGCCUGCACAAACCAACCCAGGUCCCUCGCAACCCUCCAACUUCGGUCUUGAUAACACCCUGGGGUCUAGCUCUCACACGGAGGAGACAUUUCUCGGCGACGUUCUCCCAUUUGAUGAAUUCAUCUUCGAGGAGAUGUUCACACACAACAAUGGAGUUCCAGCGCUCCCAGACCAAGGAGAGAUCUCGAAGCGUCGUAGUCUCAACUCCGAAGUGGAAGAUGACACAGCCGAGGCUCCACACCCCAAGCGCCCUCGUCACGAGCGGCCUGAAGAGCUUACCGUGAACUCUUUGCUCCGUGGAAAGACCGCAAAGCCUUCAGCCAAGAGUAGUAGCACGGUUCGUAGGUGAGAUAGUCCACAGCGUAUCUGUGAGAGUCUCUGGAGGUGGUGCAGCGGCUGCUAAUUGAUGCGUUUCCGCCCGCUUAAGCUUGGAGUGGACUGGACUGAGAAGCCGUGAAAAUGUAUGCGAUGACGAAUGCGUCCUUCUCUAUACCACUUCAUAGAGAUGAAAGCCAUAAAAAUCAUCUGCGGCAC